AGGCCCCGUCGCCGCCGCCGCUGCUGACCCGGCGGCCGGCCGCGGCUUCCGCCCCCUCCCGCGGCGGCGGGCGGGCGGGCUUCCCCUCCACGCCCCCGCUGCCCGCGCCCCGGGACCGGGAGCCAGGCGAGAACAGCAGGAGUCUGGGGGCCGCCGAAGAUGGGGAACACUACCUCGUGCUGCGUGUCGUCCAGCCCCAAGCUCCGGAGGAAUGCCCACUCCCGGCUGGAGUCCUACCGGCCCGACACGGACCUGAGCCGCGAGGACACGGGCUGCAACCUGCAGCACAUCAGCGACCGGGAGAACAUCGACGAUUUGAACAUGGAAUUCAAUCCUUCAGAUCAUCCUCGGGCCAGCACAAUAUUCCUCAGUAAAUCUCAGACGGACGUGAGAGAAAAGCGCAAGAGUCUCUUCAUUAACCAUCAUCCUCCAGGACAAAUAGCCAGGAAAUACAGCUCCUGCUCCACUAUCUUCCUAGAUGACAGCACAGUCAGCCAGCCAAACCUCAAGUAUACAAUUAAAUGUGUAGCUCUUGCAAUAUAUUAUCACAUCAAAAACAGGGACCCAGAUGGAAGGAUGCUCUUAGAUAUUUUUGAUGAAAACCUUCACCCUCUUUCGAAAUCCGAAGUGCCACCAGAUUAUGACAAACACAACCCAGAGCAGAAGCAAAUUUACCGGUUUGUUCGGACGUUGUUCAGUGCUGCUCAGCUGACAGCUGAAUGUGCCAUUGUCACCCUGGUGUACCUCGAAAGACUGUUAACUUAUGCAGAGAUAGACAUCUGUCCGGCCAACUGGAAGCGAAUCGUUUUAGGGGCAAUCCUGCUGGCCUCCAAGGUGUGGGACGACCAGGCGGUGUGGAAUGUGGAUUAUUGCCAGAUCCUGAAAGACAUCACGGUGGAGGACAUGAAUGAGCUAGAGCGACAGUUUCUCGAACUGCUCCAGUUCAACAUCAACGUUCCUUCCAGCGUCUAUGCCAAGUAUUAUUUUGAUCUUCGUUCUCUGGCAGAAGCAAACAACCUGAGCUUCCCCUUGGAGCCCCUGAGCAGGGAGAGGGCGCACAAGUUGGAGGCCAUCUCUCGCCUCUGUGAGGACAAGUACAAGGACCUGAGGAGAUCCACGCGGAAGCGUUCAGCCAGUGCUGACAACCUGACUCUGCCGAGGUGGUCCCCCGCCAUCAUCUCCUAACUGGAGGUCCCUACUGGAGGCCACACCCUCCCUCAGUUUCUCCCUUAGUUUGAGAAAAGACAGACUUGGGGUGGGUUUGUUUUUGUUUUUUUCCUUUCCUUUUCUUUUUUAACUCAUAGCUCCGUCAGGCUGCCUUGAUGACCACCUCCACAAGGCUGUGAGGGAAGCAAACUGAGUGUUCUGGAAACCCUGUGUCACGCCUUUCCCACUGUCAGUAACAGCACUUCCUUCGUGGAGGAAACAGACUCUAAUCCUGGAGGAGGAAACAAAGGGAAAGGGAAGUCGUGGCGAGGCAGGGAGAGUGGUUACCUGGCUCAGCCGUUUCUGAAGUCCCCGCCUGGUCAGCAGAGGAGCGCGACGGACACAGCGUAGGUGACAGAGUUGGACGUGCAUUAAAGACAGUGCUGCCUUCACCGCCCUUGCGUCAGUAUGUUCUGUGAGACUUCUUGCAUUCCUUCUUGCUGCUUUUUUGGGAUUUGGGGGAUUUUUGUUGGUUUGUUUUGAUCUUGUUUUGGUUUCAGUCCCACAGAGCAGAGAACAUAGUUUGUACCUACCACGGCACAGACCUCCAAAUAAAUAGUACCGGUUGUUUCUCUCUGCACUGUUUGGCGAGCUGUCUUCUGCGCUUUCUUCCUCACCAGGGGGACAUGCUAGUUACGUUUCUGUACACCUUAUUUUAUGCAGUUUUUCUUCCACAGUGGCAGAAUUGACUGUAGUGCUGAACCAAAAGUCUCCCUUUCCCCCUUAUUCCUCGCCCCAAGAAAAUUCUAGAUCACAUGGGUGCUUGUGCCUUCCAAUUUUCUUGCAGUUUUUUUUUUUUUUCCUCUGACCUGAAGUUACACUUACAAAAUCAGUCAGACUUUGUGGGCUGAAGGAAAGCAUGUGUGGCAAAAGGUAUCCUCUGGUUGAGAAUUUCCCCGGAGUUCUGGGUAUUUGCCUGAAGUUACUGAGGAGGAGCCAUUUCUUUGUACUCCCUGCCGGUUUCAUUCCUCUACUUCCAACAUCCAUUGUUGCAAGCAAUAUUCUUCUCAACUUUUAUAUGUUUACUUUAAAUCAAAGUUAGUCUAUUUGUAUAAAAUUUUUUAAAAAUCUAAAAUUAAAAAAACAAUGGUGGGUGGGUAGUGGGAAGAUCAUUCAAGGGAAAAAUGUUACUAUUUACUGAGGUAUUUUUCACAGAAUGAUUGAAUAAAAAAAUUCAACUUGCAUUUUCAUUGUGGGUGCUUAGAGAAGUUCUAGAAAAUUCAAACUGUGAAGGUUUAUGCUUCAUUAAUUAUGACCAUACUUUUUCAUUUUUUGACUAUCCCUAAUUUCUUUACAGGCGAGAUAAGAAUCUUUUCUAUCAAAUAAAAUAAAAAGGUUAAUGAUAAGAAUAUCAUAUUGUUAAUUUGAUAUUAAGUCUAAGAACCUGAGUCACUUGCGCAUAUAAUGCUUUGUUUUUUGCAUAUUUUCUUAGGUCACAAUGACAGAGGUUUCUAAGUUUUUUCCUUUUUCAAAUUUCUGUGAGGCAAAUGGCAGCAAAUGAUGUGUUUCACCUUCCUCCCAUGCGAGCUUGGAAAACUUUGGAAGGUUCCAUUAAAUUCCAUCUCAACUACCCUAAAAUCACACACCUGAUCCCCGGACUUCCCUGCUCUUGCUGAAACAUGCUUUGGGAAUGGAAGGGACUCAGAAAGUCAGCAUCCCCAGAGCCCAAGCCGGAAGGGUCAGUCAGGUUUCAGGGAGACCUGUGUCAGGUAGGAACAUAACUAUGGGGGCCAGAAAUACCAUCAUGUUCUUUCUGGUCUAAACUUUCCAAAGCAAACAAGCAGAAUAUCAGAAGUUGAUUCUCUCUCCAUUGUAAUUGUGUUGAUGCGUCUGUAUGGGUACCAAACUCAGCUUCUCCCUUCAAGAGUUGAAUUUAGAACUUUAAAUACAAAUCUAAAAAUGUAGAAAAUACUGUUUUAUAUACCCUAAUCUAUAUAGUUUUAAAAAAGGGAUGUAUUUUCUUAGCUGAAUAUGAAUAUCUCUUAAACACAAAUUAGUUCCUCCCAUGUAAAAAUAUCUCAUUUUACCAAUCCAUUUGAGGAAAGAGGUUCUGCUGCCUUUAUAGCAGAAAUCUUACUUUGACCCCUUUUGUUUGAUGAGAGAUUUGAAAAUCGAAUUAAUGUAAAUAUUUCAAUGCAUCUGCUAUUAUUUUGUGGAGUUUAUUAAACUACUUUAAAAAUUG